AUGGGACCCAUUUUCAAGGGAACAGCUGUUGUUUGCCUCGUGGCGCUCUCUGGGCUAAAGCCGGCGACAGGAGCUUUGUCAUUCCAAGCUGAGGAGGCAGACAAUGCGGCGGCAGCUGAACCGUCAGCCGAAGCGUGUGAAGAAUCCAUCGCAAAAGUCAAAAAGACCCAUUUUUUCGCACAGCUCACAGACGCUGAAGACCAGGAAUAUCGCCAAGCUGUGGAGAACGCCCUUAAAGCUGGACUUAAAGAGCUGCAGUCGUACCCUGAAAAUGAUGGGGAGUGGACGAAGUUCUGGGCGAAACCCGACGGCGCCAACCUCGCACACCUUCUUUCGUCUAACAGUACCAAAGUUGGCUGCGCCGUAGGAACAUGCACUCAAACAUCAGAUGAGCUUCGAACUCCAGAAACAAGUAUCACAUAUCUUUUUUGUCAGAUGGAUCCUGCAGCGGUGAAAGACAAGGCUCCCUUCGACAAGGAGUAUUACGAAGCGCUCAAGGAACGAAACACACCAUUGACAGAAAUGACUGACGAGGACCUCAAAGCUCCUGUCCAGGGCGGUGCAGCUGCUGCCGUACCCUCCCUUCUUGUAGCAGGCUUAACUGCUAUAGUGGCAUUUGCCUCUGCAUAG